AUGACGAAGAAGAUGGACGGCAUAAAAGCCCUACCCGAGCAACAUGAAGUGGUAUCCAUACUCGAGGAGUUGAUUCACAAAGACGGCGCGGGAUCUUGGCCACCACGGGCGAACCACACCGACUCCACCUGGCCUGUUGCCCUUCGAUCAUACAAAGAAAUCUACCAGGAACUUGUGUUACUCCUUCCAACAGCAACACCUUCCCUCAAUGAUCAAGUCAACACGACACGCAUUGCCAACUUUCGCUUACGAUUUCGAGAUCUUCUCUACAAACGAGUCAAUCUGGCCCAAGUGAAGCAGCUUCUCGAGGCUGCUGAUGCCGAUCGCUGGGAUGUCUUCCCGCGUGAUGUGUACAACGCUUUCUACUGCUGUAUUGCCUCGAGCCGGCAUGCGUAUCGAUGGGCAACCAUUCCCGUUGUUCAGGUCGCCCAGCUUGAGAAAGAGGUUGACUUGCCGAUUGAGCUGACAGAACCAUGGAAGUAUCUCCAGCGUCAUUUUGGCUGUACAUCAGAAAGCGGAAACAAUAUGAGUAACUUAGUGCUUAAUUUUGACACGGAAGGCAGAUAUAUGUACAAAAUCAACACAGGCAUGUAUGAUCUGGUGACGUCUAGCGAGGAGACCUUUGCACGCAUAUUUUACAAUGUUGAGAUGCUGGGAGUCCCGGUGUACCACGACAUGGUCCUGGCCAUUGUCACCUUUGCCCGCGGAGAAAAGGCUGCAUGCGCGAGACACGUUGCCAACAUCACUGCCCAGCUGCGACUCGUUCUCGGUAGCUACUUCGACCACAUGCACGACCAGAAGAUCGCUCGCUCAGUUUGGUUAUCCCACAUACAGGGUUUCUUCGCCUGGGGGAUUGGCAGUUAUGACGAUGCAAGUGGCGAAUGCAUCAAGUUCGACGGGCUCAGCGGGAACCAAGCCCUGUUAUUCCAGGCUCUGGAUGCGUUUCUCGGAAUAGAGCAGUACCUGUCACCCAGGGACCAGGAGCGGAAUGUGCCCGCUCGCCAGAGAGCUCUAUGCAGAGCGCUUGCAAAGUAUUCGUUCCGACAGAUGCUAAGUGAGACGUCAAACGAUAAGAAUGAAGCCCAAAUCGUCCACGAUUUUGGCGAGAUUGUGAAGCGACUGAGAGUGUUCCGAGCCGCACACAGGACGAGAGCUAGGGUGUAUCUAUCACAGCAUGCACCCGAGAGAUUACCUAUGACAGCCGGAAAGUCGCUUCUCGAACCCAACAUCGACCAGAGUUUGCAAUUUCUUGAUGAGUUUAUGGUUCGACGACUGUCUCAGACUGUAUAA